AUGUGCCUCAAGUUGCAUUGGAUCUUGGUCUUCGACGAGGAGGAGGGCGAGACGAAUCUAGACCUCUCUGACCACUCCACGCCAUGGACUGUGACGGAGGAGUUUGCUGGUUAGUAUUCCAAGUUCCCUGUUGUCGUGAGGAUCCCCGUGGAGGGGGAGGAGGAGAAGACGCCUGGCGAGCCCUAUUACCGCUCCUGGAGUAUGAGCGUGCAGGAGGAGGAGGAGGAGACGCCUGCUCACCUCUAUUACCUCCCCUCGACGAUGAUUGUGCUAGUGGUGGAGGCAAUGGCGGCGCUGGGUUAUAA